CUCUUAACUAGUCGUCUGAAGAGCUCUUCUGUCAGACUGGCUCGACCUGUCCGCUGCAGUCACGUGUGAAGGGGGCGGAGCUCCGCUUUUGUUUGUAGCGCCCUGAGGAUACGACAACAUUCACACGCCUGCAGGAGAAACAUUUGAGAGGCUGCAAACUCCAUGUGCAAAAGUCUUAAUUGCUGACAAAGAGAACUUUUUUUUCCCCCAGUGGUAUCAUAUUUUAAUAGAAAUAAACACAGAGAUAUUGCGUCUUUAGCGUGUUGACAGGCUGGCAUGAUCUGAAUGCGGCUGAUCGAGAUGUUUCUCUCUCCGGAGGGCACAGACAUCUCAGCGAGACCUCAGGUGCUGUGUGGGCCGUACAGGUGUGCGCGUGGGUGUGUGUGCGAUGGAGGGUUUGAGGUGUGGUUCAGCAGGUGUAGAUGUCUUGUUCGUCACACUUUCACUCGACUGUAAACAGGAGCGUUGUGAGAUAAGCAGGUGAGGACAGAUGCAGGCACGUCUGCAAAAGUGAGGAGCUCAACAGUUCUGAGUAUAACAGAAAGAUAUGAUUAUAGCUGCAAUAAUUAUUUUUAAUGCAUAUUUAAGUUUUAUAUAUUUAUUUAAUAUUUAUAUACAAUGACAUUACAUAGAUAUUUAAAAAAAAAAAAUCUAUUAUUUUAUAUAGUAUUUGUAUUCUUUUGUAUUUUAAGUAAUGUCUCUAAAAUAUUUGUAUCAAUUUAUUUAAAUUUUACAAUUUUCCCCCGUUGUUUUAAGUAAGUGUUAAUGGUUAUUUUUAGGUAAUACCGUGCUUUUGAUGACAGCGAUAACUUGUCGAUAACGUCACGUGUGACGUUGCCGCCUCAUCUGUCCAAUCAGAGCUGCGCCCGUUGAGUGACAGCGCUUCGGGCGAAGCAAAUACAUGUCCGCGUUUUCUCUCGUCCAAUCAUCUCGCCGCUCCCGCCCUGACGCGGAAGUGAUCUGUGCGUCUGCGCUCAUCCGCACACGUGCGCGCGCGAGAGUGAAUGAAGAACCAAAACACAGCCGAUCUCAGCUUUAUACGGGGAUAUUUAACACUUUGAAAGCGGAAUGAGAUUGGAUUCAACAUAGUCUGUGUGAACAGAAGCACUGGAGCACAGAUACAUGUGUGUUUGAGAGAUGAGCGGCACACAUGGAGGGUCCAGUGCAGAGUCUGAGCCCGAGUCAAAGCGCCUCUGCAAGCGGAGUGCGUCACAUGAGCACGAUGAACCGACAGAGGGCAGCAGCGCUGCAGUGUCAGUGAUCAUGCCCGUGUUUAAUGCGUCUGAUUGGCUGGACGAGUGUCUGCAGGCCAUACUGGAGCAGGAUUUCCAGGGCCGAAUGGAGCUGUCUGUGUAUGACGACAGCAGUACGGAUAACUCCCGAGAGCUGCUGGAGAGAUGGAGGCAGAGGUUCGAGGACAGAGGCUUUCCCAUGCUGAUCUCAGGCCACAGCUCAUCCAGCCCACACGGAGUUGGAUUUGCUAAAAACCAGGCGGUGAGUCAGAGCUCCGGACGAUUCCUCUGUUUUCAGGACGCGGAUGACGUCAUGAGGCCUCAGAGAGUUCGACUACAGUAUGAAGUUGCUGCAGCGAAUCCAACCGCAGUGUACACGUCUCACGGGCCGACGGUCAUCAUGCCCACCUGGUUCUGUUCACGUGACUGGUUCGAGAAAGUGGGUCCGUUUAACGAGGGAGGAAAGGGCGUUCCUGAGGAUCUGCUCUUCUUCUACGAGAGUCUUCGUCGCGGAGGUCACGUGAUCCGGGUGGACGAGUGUUUGCUGGUUUAUCGCUAUCAUGAACACGCGGCUACACAUUCAGUGCUGGAAGAAACCAUCUGGAAUCUCCGCGUCGACUUCCUGCAGGAGCGAGUGCUCAGCCAAUGGGAAUCAUUCACCAUAUGGAAUGCUGGGAAACAGGGCCGGAAACUCUAUCGCAGCUUGAGUCCCACCAAUCAGAAGAAGGUGAAAGCUUUCUGUGACGUGGACGAGAACAAAAUUCAGAAAGGUUUUUACACAUAUGAGGAGUCAAAGGAACGGCCAAAACCCAGGAUUCCCGUGCUGCGCUUUACAAACGCGUCGCCGCCGUUCAUUGUGUGUGUGAAGCUGGACAUGACAAGUGGAGUCCUGGAGGAAAACCUGCGGUCGCUGCAGCUGAAAGAGGGAAUCCAUUAUUAUCAUUUUAACUGAAGACAGUGUGAGUGUGUAUGUGUGUGCGUGCGGCAGGUUUGGCCUACAGUAUGGGAACCAAAAACAGUGAAACCUCAGCUACUGUGAGAACUGCCAACACUUUCGGCUAGAAAACAGUUUAUUAAUGGAACUGAGUCACGUCUUAAUGAAAAUCUAAGAACACAGAAUCUUUUCUGUAAGAGUUAAAUGUGAAAAACCGUCAUUAGAUCAGUGCGAAAGUAUAGAAGGCAAUGAAAACACUGGGAACUGGGAACUACUGUCCUUCCCAGAGUUCCCAGCUUGAGAAACCUCUCACAUCCCUCUAGCACCUACACUACAACACACACACUCACACACAUUGGCGUCUGUUUGCAUUCCUGAUGCCCUGUGUCACUGGAUUUCACCAUCAUUCCCGAAUGGCAGUCAGAAUAAACCCUUUUCCCGUAGACGCAUCCAUCUUAACGCCCCAACCACAGUGUGCUUGAUGCUCUCAAUCAGGUCCUCUUAAUGUUAGAGUGCUGAGAUGAUACAGCAACACAAUCUGUGUUUAAUACACUGAAAGGAAACUGAGUUGUGAAUCAUGCAAUUUAAGACAAACAAGCCCCAUUCAGUCAGUUAAUUAUUGGUCUUAACUGGUUUGUGAUUAAUAACUAGUCAAAUGCAUGUGAUCACAGAGUUUCUUCACAUGUUUCUUCACAUUUUCUACAGAUUGAGUCUGCUGUUUCAGUACAGAGUGCAUUUAGUACAGUGUUAUAGAAUUUAUUACAAUUUUUAGCAGUUUUUGUACUUCAGCUUAAACUUAUUUUAUUUCACUUAUUUGCAAUAUUUAAUUUAGGUUUCCAUCUAAUAUUUGUAUUUUAUUUAAUUUCAGCUAUUUUUAAUAGUUUUAGUUAAUAAUAACUACGCUGUGUCAGUAUUGUUUUAUUUCAACUGAUCCUGAUAUUAA